AAAGAAAUGCGCGAAUAGAGAGGAAGCACCAGGAUCGAUGACAUGGCAGAAGAAUUUUUGAAAUCCCGCCCAAACCCGGACUUCAAUUCAUUCUGCGAUUCAAUUUUAAUUUUCCCAAACCUCUUCUUAUCUCUUUCUCUUUCCCUCUCCCUCUCUUACCCUUUUGCACCUCACCACACAUAACACUACACAACACAACGCAACGCAACACUACGCUACACCACACCAAAGCAAAGCAUAUCACUUAUUUUCUCUCUUCGUCUCUCUGCCUCAACCCUAGAGGAUUCGCCAUGAAAGGAAGUAGAUCAAAGACCGAAUCGAAAAAAGCUGAUAGCAAGCUCUCUGUGAAGAAGAGAGGCGCGCCGGCGGCAAGCAAGCCAUCGACUAAGAAGGCUAAGUCCGCUAAGGAUCCUAAUAUGCCAAAGAGGCCUGCUAGUGCCUUCUUCGUUUUCAUGGAGGAUUUCAGGAAGCAAUACAAAGAGAAGCAUCCGAACAACAAAUCCGUCUCCGUUGUCGGUAAAGCUGGUGGAGACAAGUGGAAAUCGCUCUCAGAAGCUGAGAAAGCUCCGUAUGUAGCAAAGGCAGAGAAAAGAAAAGUUGAAUACGAGAAGAACAUGGUGGCUUACAAUAAGAAAAUGGCGGAUGGUGGAAAUGCAUCUGGUGAAGAUGAGUCUGAAAAAUCGAGGUCUGAGGUGAAUGAUGAUGAUGAGGACGAUGAGGAGGGCAGUGGAGAGGAUGAGGAUGAUGAUGAGUGAAUGUUUAGAUUCUCUAGAAUAUGAAGACUAUCCUCUGUGGAUUAGUUUAUCCUUGAUAAAUAGUUGUCUUUUUUCUUGAGUAGCUAAAAGAAUGGAAUUAGUUUCAGGAGAUGCUUGAAGCUUAUAUGGUCAUGUACUUGGUUCCUCUUCAUUAUGCUUAAUUAUAAUUUGGUUAGUAUUUCUUGUUUUUUCCUCGAUUUGAUUAUGUGACUGUUGCUAGUGUUGUGGUUGUUGUCUUUGAAACAAAUUAAUGUUGUGGAAAUUUUUAUCAUCCUAGUAGGUGCUGAGUUCUUAUUUUUUUAUUUUCACCAUAUUUGUGCAACAUAGUAUUUUCCAAAUUGUAGUGGAUCCAACAGUGGCAGUA